AUGAGCGGAGCUCGUCACAACUUUCCCGACAGCAAUCCAAGCCGUCGUAGUUCAGCUUCUCACGACGGCCACCGAGGUGAGCCUCUUCAGCAUUCACGGGAGAGGUAUAGCAAUUUCUACGAUGUAGAUGACAGGCAAACAGCUCCGCAUCGAUCAGUCCCUAGAUCGAUCCCAGGAUCUCGUCACGCGGAUAUAUUUGCGAUACAGACACUGGAUGACGCCGAUUCCAAUGCCUCGGAGUCAACGAGCAGUAAUGCAGACUCCGAUGGCCGGUAUGCUUCGCUAGUACCGGAGACCAGACAAUUCCGCAGAAGUCGAGCGAUCGCUGGAGACGAAGAUUCACCCUGGUCCAGUGUCAACGUUCGCGGGAAUAAUGGCUACUCCCGUGCGCCUAGCAAUGAUACGUAUGCCGCCGACGUUCCCAGACAUUCCGCGCAACAGAACCCGCGUAAGAGUCAGUCUCAGGCCGGUGGAGCUAGUGAUAAUGUCGACAAGUAUUACGAUUCUCGGGCCGAGACCAUGCACGUUCAAGAGCUCAUGAUAGUCCAGCAAGAAACCGAUAUGAGCUCGCUGGCAGCGAGUAUGAUCAGGACGCCAACAUAA